AUGAAUUCUGACGGAUUCUUCUUUUUCAAGUUUGACUCUAAGGAGGGGAUGAUGAAAGUGCUUGAAGGAGGGCCAUGGUUAAUUAGAAAGGUUCCUCUUUUCUUGAAUGUUUGGUCGCCUUCGGUCAACCUCAGAAAGGAGUGUAUUAAGUCGGUUCCGGUUUGGGUGAAACUCCAUAAUGUUCCUAUUGCUAUUUACACGGAUGGUGGGCUGAGUUUAUUAGCGUCUAAGUUGGGUACUCCUAAACGGUUGGAUGGCUAUACGGCUGAUAUGUGUGUAGAUAACUGGGGGAGAAGUAGUUUUGCCCGUGCUUUAAUUGAGAUUAGUGCGGAUAAUGAUUUAAAGGACUAUAUUACGGUUGCAAUUCCGAAACUUGAUAAGGAUGGUUAUAUUACUGAAAAGGUGAAGGUUGAGUAUGAAUGGAAGCCUCAGAGAUGCUCGGUUUGCUGCGUCUUUGGUCAUAGUGAUCAAUCUUGUCCUAAGAAUGUCGCUCCAAAAGCUAAGCAGGUUGUCAUUGAUGAUGAGGGUUUCAUAACGGAUGAGAGGAAAAUGGCUAGAAAAGGGGUUAUGCAAAAGAAACAGAGGGCCAAAUUUGUGUAUAAGCCGAAAAUAGGAAGCUCGGGUGCUAGCACGUCGGGUACGAAGAAUGAUAAGCCGGAUUCUAAUGUGAAUGCCAAUGUGGCAACCAAAAACUCUUUUGAAGUUUUGUCUAAGUCAGACGGGGAUGCGGAUAUCCCUCUUGUUAAUGCAAAAUCUACGGGGCCAAAGGUGGUUGUUCCUAAUAGACCGAGUGAGGGUUAUGUGGAAGAGAUUGUAGAGGUUGUGCCUACGGAAAUGUCGAAAUUUAUGAGUAAUACUUCUCUUGGAAGCAAUGCUGAGGGGGCAAGCACUCCCGGGUUUACGGGUUUAAAUGGAUAG